CCGGUGGCGAUUCGAAAAGUUGACAAGUGUAUAUGUGGGGUUAACCUGUGAGUCCUAUCGCUUUUCGAAAUGCCGAAAAUAGUUGACCUACGACCGAAGAAAGAACUGCUGAACGUAAAAUUUGAGAAGUACCAGUUCUCGACACAAAUUGUUCCGGUCACUGAGGAGAUUAAGCUAUCGAAAAAGGUGACCCACCUGGAGCCAUCACCGGGUCAGGAUUCCCUGCUGGAGGCUCGUCUCUUCGCCUUCCACAACCACCUCUUCCAGAGCCCCUACGACGACUCCUGCUGGUUCUUCGACGAAGACGAAAAUUUAUGGUGCCUGGAGUCCCCCAACACCCUUCACCAUGUUCACUCUCUCCCCAAAUCCCCGACCAAAUCCUACAACUCCACGAUUGCAUUUGCCUCCCAGUGGUUCAUUGCCCUGUCCAACGGCGGAGGUGCCCUCCACAUUCUCAUGAAAAACCAGGACCAACAGAAGGUGAUUCCAAUCGAAGCUGACUCUGGAGUUUUGCUGGCUGCAAGGCACGUCCUGAACGACAAUGCCCUCGUCCUAGUGAUGGUCUCCACAAUCGAGGAGAACAGCAAGAAGAGAUCGAAGAUAAUUCUGCUGAAUUACUCAGUGAAGAGUCAAGAGAACUUUUCAGAGAAUUCCAUUGAACUCUCCAGAAGGCAGGAGUUGAUGGUGAAUGGAGCUGUUGAUUACGUUCACAUAGAAUCCUCUGGAGAUUUUAUCGACGUCCUCAGUGGAGAUUCUGUCAAGUUCACAGUUGACUCGAUGACGCCGAUAGAUGAUGCAUCCUCGUCAGACAAGUCGGAGCUGAAAAUACCGAAGUACUAUUGGUCCCAGGACGCGGAUUCCCUGACUGUUUGGCUGAAGAUUCCUGAGAGGCAUAAGGAUGCCAGGGCCGAUGUCAAGGUGACAGCAACGUCACUCGCUGUUACUGUUGAGGACUCGGUUCUGAUGCAGGGAGAGUGCCAGUUCAGGAUUGACGAGGGAACUGCCACUUGGAGCAGGGACAAGGACACCUUUAGGAUGGAGGUUACGAAGCAGGAGGGGGGCCAGAUGUGGAGUGAACUGAUCAGGGGGGACACUGGUGGGGAACAUCUGCCGAAUGAAGGAUUGGCUGCUGAGAUACAUUCGAGACUGUCGCACCUCUGCACAGAUCAGCCAGAAGGCGCGACUGCCCAGCCAGCGAUAGGCUUCAAUGCCGAGCAGUUGGAAGAGUGCGACCUCGAAGGUGACCAAAGCUACCUCCAGAGGAUCGACCUCCAAGAGCACCUCACAACCCACCUAGCCAUUCUCGGCACCAACAAUCGGCUUCUCUUCACCCAGACCCAUCGUCUCUGCAUACGCCAGGACCACGACGGCUGCGUUUGGAGUCUGCUGGAGGCCCCCAACGACUGGAAUGUCCAGCACGAGAGCACCUUCCCUGGAUUUGGAUACGUGGAGGCCAGCAAAAGCAACAAAAAAUUCUGCAUAUCCCCGCAGAACGGCGACUACGUGGCCAUCGUGGAGCACAACAGGCACGCCUUCAUCUACGAAAAGCCAGGUCUCGAUGCCAAAGUGGCGAAACAAAAAAUCGUGGACCUGGGGGCAGAAGCUCUCCCCAUCAUGGGAGCAGUCGCCACUGACGACCACCUGAUCCUUCUGACUCAGGACAAAUUGUAUAAACUCAAAGUGAAUUGAUAAAACGAUCUUUAUUAUGUAAAUAUAAGUGCUUGGAUUUA